UGCUUGAUUGGUAUUUGUUUUAGGUUAAAUUAUGAAGUAUGUUCUGGCCCUAUUUGUCUUGUCCUGUAUGUGUACAGUCUACACCUCAGCUCAAACACAAAGUUCACAGAUUCUUCUGAGUAGGCCCACCAGAGCAGCUUGCAACUCUAAGGAGUGCAGGGAAUGUAAAGGAUCAUGUGACGGUUGUAAUAUGUGUCCUCUCUGUGCACUAUGUGGAGGAAAUACUCUACCCCCCUGUGACAACUGUAAUUUCUGCCAGGGAGCUGGGGGAGCUGGAAUAUCUAACUGCAAGAAAAAGUGCCAGGAUGGAAAGAAAACACCCACUUGCACUGACUGUAUUAAAAACUGUUAAUUAAUUGAAUUUUAAUAAAAAAAUAUAUCUCUUUUAA